AAAAGAGAAAUCCUCACAGCUUCCAGUAUAUUCUAGCAUUUUUUGACCCUUCAAUGAACCGAUCCCAGCGAAAGCAUCCUUUGUAUCCUGAUGCCGACCAUCAAGACUCUAACGAUAAAGGAGCCAUAUCUCCACCCGGCAAGAAAAUCCGCAUAACAGAUUAUCCAAACGAAGUGCUAGUACAAAUUAUAGGCCAUGUAGAUGACCCCAUAGCCUUGAAUAAUCUCACACAAACAUGCAGUAUAUUCAGAGAUUUGACUACUCCAAAUGUCUGGAAAAACAUCUUUGAUCGAAAAAAUGCAUACUAUUCAGCUGGCUCCACGGUCGAUCAUCUACGAGGGGCUAAUAAGGCCUGGAGAAUCGUUGGCUUGGACGACCAUUUCCGCAAUAAGCGCGACUGGGUAGAUCCACAACAAUCCUUUUCGAUGUCUGGGCCGCCAUGUCUAGUCAUGAAGCCAAGCCGAGCCAAGCAUAUCCGGCCUCCACACAUGCCUACACUCUCUUCUGAUUUUACCAUUGCUCCUGUAUUCUCAGCAUUGUCGAACGGCGGGCCUCCAGAUUUAUCAACAGAUUCUACCGUUGCUCCUGUAUCCUCACCAUGGUCGAACGGCGGGCCUCCAGCUUCAUCGACAGAUUCUACUACUCAAACGACGAUCGUAGCCUAUCUACAAAGGAGGACUUUUAAUGCUCAUUCCGAGUAUCAGCUCAUCGUUUAUGGCCUGCCAAACCAUGAGACUCCUCUAGAAACCAUUACCAGUGACUUCUGGGCCCAUCCUGGGCUUGAUCAAAACGCUGAUCCUGAGGAUCUCAUUGUAGCCCAAUUGAUGGACAUUAAGCAUUAUCCCCACCAACGAGAUGACCAGGGGCGGAUACGUAUUGUGUUUGUGGUCGCUUUUGGCAACAGGAACCUUGCAGGCGUUGAUGCCGGAGAAAGCGAGCUGAGUGUUGUUGAAUCAUGGCAGAAGAUAAAGGUUGCCGAAGCGUAUAUCUCCGACAAGCUUCCCGCUCCUAUUUCUCGCAACAGCGAGGAUACCACGGGCCCUCAACUUAUUUCAUUUCGCCCUCAACCCGCUCGUGGAAAGGUCGAGACCAUUGUACCGCACAAUACUCAACAGACAAUUCGUGGAAGAAUCAUUAAAUUGUACUCUGUGAAAGACCCUUUGACCGCCGAAAUCCAAGACCACAUCGCUUUGAUUGGUAUCCUGCAAGGCUCUCGGGCGCAGACCGUCGUUAUGACCAGCCCCUUAUUUGUUUCCAAGACGCCAAAACAGCUCUCUGCAAGAGAUGGAACUAGUAUGACACGAGAUGAAACUAUUACGCCAAAACAGCUCUCUGCAAGAGAUGGAACUAGUAUGACAAGAGAUGAAACUAUUAUGACAACACCAUCUACCGCUGCCCCAACCCAGUCCAAGUGGACGUGCCAUGCCCUUGGCGGCGGCACUCGAGCGCUCAGCACUUCGUGUAUGUCACUUUUCCCGCCGCAAAGCGAUUUUGAGCAUUUAUUAGUCAUUAUGGACCAAGGUGGCAAUGCCCAGAUUUGGGACUGGCUUCGAAAGCUCAGAGUUGCAGUGCUGAAGGCACCAGAAUCGGGCGCGGAUACGGCGUCACAGGGACAAGAACGUGCAAGUGUUUCUAGAAACGAAUUAUUUUACUGGGGUGUCCAGAUCAACUGGGCUAUCGAGGAGCCGGUGUUUCAAGACCAAAAACCAAAUUCACCCUUUCUGAGCCAUAGAAAACAUGGCGAUUUUAGGAUCGUUGCCUUAGCAGAUGGCCAAGAUAAGGAAUGGGAGACAUCUACGUGGUUCGUUAGCGAGAAGGAGCUUAGGAAACGUGAGGAAGUGUUGUCUAAUCUCCAGGAGGGUGAGAAAUUUGAAUCUUGGGAGCUCAAUGCUAAAUAUCGGUAUUUCCAACAGUCUACUCUUGGGAGACGUUACAUUCCAGGGGCAUCUCCCGAGACAAUUACAUCCACAUCCUCUCAGGUCCAAGAACUACUUUUUAUAGCAUAUUUGAUUUGGGAUCAUUAUCGAAUUUCUCUCACAUCCAAUAACGGGAUCUGUAUCUUUGAUAUGAACCAAGAAUGUGGUAAAGCCGCCGCUACCUUCAGUAACUCUAGUGUACAUACGCCGCUUCCUGAACCACCACAGUGGGUCACCUAUCUAGAUAACGCGGAAGAAGACCCAUUGGUUGACAUUGCAGCUGUUGGUGACGCGCUAUUCUUGACGCGUAAGCAUAGCCAUAUGAUUUGGCCAUUCCGGAGCGUUGUGGUUGAAGAAUGAAAAAAG